AUGAUAAACAACCUCGGAACGCGGCUCUUCAAGUCGGUGACUGACAAAGCCGGCGACCUCGGCGAAAAGUUCGAGGAAGAAUUCUCGCGUCUGUCUUUGAACAUCACAGGUUCGUCUUUUCAUGUUUUCCAUUAUAAGUUAUAUUUUUUACUCGACACGGCGUUCUUUUUACGAUGCCCCGCCCACAAUUUUCGUAAUAUAUGACGUCUUUGGUGCAUACACACAACGGCGCUAACUUGCAUACUCCAUUUAAUUGAAAAAACCUUUUUGAACAAAAAGGGAUGAAAUAGAAGUUUUUUGAAAGCUUAAUGCUUGGAAAAAAUUGAUUCUAGCCAUUUUCAUCGUUCGACUGAAUUAAAAUUUUAAAACAUUAUGAAGAUGUCAUACCAAAUAAAUUCUGCGGAAAAGUUUUUGUUCUUCCCAACAUAAGUUUUCUGUUUCAUAGUGAAAAUCAAUGUUCUCUAUUCGAAUAGAACGUUUUAAAACCGAGCUCAUUUGAUACAGUUAAAUUUCCCGACUUGAAAAGCGAGAGAGGCGGGACGCGUAGCGUGUGCGUUCGCGGCUCUUGGCACGAGUUCAAAUCAAGCUCCAGCGACUAUUUUUCUCGCUUUUAUCAUUUAUUUUUCUAAUCUUUAUUGAUAUUUUCCAUUUGCGCAUUAAAAAUAGUAGGAUAGAUACAAAAAGAGCGAAAAACGAGCUCUCCAAAUAGUCGCUGGCGGCCGAAUUGAACUCGUGCCAAGAACCGCGUUCGCGCACGCUACGCGUGUCGCGCCUUUCAAGUCAGGUAUAUCUACACGGUGAUAAAGUUUGUCGGAAUAUUACCUCUAAGAAAAGCCCGCGUCUUCAGCGGAAGUUGACGCGAUCGUAGUCGAAGCGAUUUCCCUCUCUACCUACAUCAAAGUCGCUCUCGUCAUUCUCUGCAUUUUGCUGGUAGGACAAUUUCCGAAAUAAUUUCUAUCAGAAUACCGCAGAUUCUCAUUAUCAUACGAUACACGGCUUUCGGAGCUCGCUGCCUUUUCUUCAAGGCUCGCGAUUGGCUUCUCGCCAACGAGAGCAGACCUCCGCCCCAGGUUUCAUUAUUGAUUCUUUUUUUUUUUGAAUCGGAUCUGCUUUUCACUUUUAUAUCAGUUUCUUACAGGUAAUUCUGUUGAUGCCAACAGAAGAAGGAGGCUACCGAAAGAGCUCGACGGUUUAUACAGACCAGCAGACAAAGCACAUCCUCAACAAGAUACAGCAAGACUCGUUCGAACUCUUCAACGACUCUCCUCCAAGGGUUAGUUGCACUUUCAGAACUGGCUCGGACUCAUAAUCUUCGAUUCAGAGCGAGAAAAAGUCGAGAGCUCCGCGCAUCAGCCGCAAUUCGCUCCGUGGUCAACGUGUCCCCGAAGAAGACGUCUGA